CCCGCCCUUUUUAUCUCAACAAGACAACAACCAUUCCCCCUUCUUCCUCAACGGGUCCCCGCGCCUUCACUUCCUCUUCUUCCCCUCGUGUGCGGCCUCCCCGUGCGCCACCGCCAAAACACCGCGCCACCACCCCCCGCCACGCCCGCCGAAAACCCUAAGCAUCAGGCACGCCCAGCAACAGCCAACAGCAAAGCACAGUAGCAAGGCGCCGACCGCCGUUGAACAGAGACAGCGGCCGGGGGUUCACUUGGAAUUCGUUCGGCGAUGCGGCGGUCAGAGUGGGAGGACCGGUGCAAGCGGCACCCGGAGCACCGGAUGUCCAAGGGCGUCUGCCCGUACUGCCUCCGGGACCGCCUCGCGCACCUUUCCGCCUCUUCCUCGGCGACCACCACUACGCGGGCCUCGUCCACAGCGACCACGUCCCUGUGCUCCUCCGGCGCCUCGUCCCCGCCGCCGCACCACGCCGCGUUCUCCGCGGACGUCAGCUCCGUCCACGUCGUCGGCGCCGGCUCCUCCUUCGCCGACGUCUCCGCCUUCUCGCAGCCGCUGAUGCCGACCUCCGCUAAUAAGAAGAAGCCGCCGCCGCCGACGACGACGACGACGACGGGGAGGCAAGACGACGAGGCGGCGGCGCAAACGGCGAGGGGGAAGGGCGAGGUGAAGAGGAAGAAGAGCGGCAAGAAGAAGAAGAUCGGGAGGUUCCUGUCGAGGCUCGUCGGGGCGGAGAAGCGGCGGCACGCCGGGGACGGCGACGGCGGCGGCGGCGGCGGCGGCGGCGGCGGCGGCGGCGGCGGCGGCGAGCUCUUCCACUCCAAAACCAUGAAGGAGAAGACGGCGUCCAAGUGGGUAUUCUUCUGAAUUCCCUCAUCAGAUUCAGAUCAGAUGCCAACACCAUGCGCCACACGCUCGAUCGUUCGUGGGUAUAUAGUUUUUUUUACUCCUUCAAGUACUUCUGUGCUUAAAUCUGCAGUUUUAGCAUGGUUUCUUCUUCUAUUGUGUACACGACUUGACUAAGGCAAAACUAUUGAUCAUUUUGUACUAUUUGGGAUUUCUUUUGGAAAGGUUAUUGGAGAAAUCGUGUAUGCUUAUUUUGUAAAAUUAGAAGAGAAAAGAAAACAACAACGAAGUGUAUAUUAUGUGGAUCUUAUUUCUAUGUUCCACCAUCCAAUCCAUAGUGUUUAAUUUA